AACAAGCCUAAACAUUUCACUUCGCGAAAAAUUAGACUUACCCUCGCAUCCUUCUCUCUCUCUGUCUCUCCCUCCAUACACCUCUCUGACCCUCGCCGUGUAUCUUUCCAUCCUCACUCGCGUUUGUUAAAACCAAACAACCACCGGGACUGGACAGAGUCAAGUUUUGCUGCCUUUUUUCCCCCCUUGUUUUCGCUAAUUCUGCACUUCUGUCAUUCAUUCAUUUUCUUCCUCACCUCACGCUCUUCCUCGCGAGCCGUUCGCGCGGAUACUGGGAGAGAGAGAGACGAUCUUUGGAGCACGUGACAACAUCUGGAGCUUCAUUUAUUUAUUAAUUUCUACACUUUUGUUUAUUUAUUUAUUUAUUUAUUUCCGCGCGUGUUUAUUUGCAACGCGUCUGCGUUUUAAAGCAAGGACCUGGACAAAUAUGAAAUUGCUGGGUGACUCCUCCUCGUCGCUGCUCCUCUCGCUGCUGUUGGCUCAACUUCAUCUGUUAGCAUCUGCCUUCCCUGCCCACCCCCGGCGGAUCCAGACCGACUUCGACAAGCUGACCAAUCAGACCAGGCACCUUCUGAAGCUGACUCAGGAUCUACUGAAAAACCCAGUUUUUGCCAUGGAGAUUGAUCACCACAGGUUCAAGUCUCUUCCAGCGAUCAGCAGCAGAGUCAGUGACCUCACUACUCUGGAGUUCAAGCCUACACUUUCUCAGCUCUAUGCGGACCUAAAGUCCUUUGAGCACCAUUUUGAGUGGCUGAACAGAACAACACGCAAGCAGCAGCACAGCUCCGUACCAAAGCUGACAGACAUGAUCUCCCACAUUAAGAGCCUCAUACACUCCUUACAGCGUCAGAUGAACCGAGCAGAGGCUACCCGGAUCCCCAUUCCCUCUCCGUCACUCCCACCUAAUCCCGCUUUCCACUGGGAGGUGGUUCAGUCCUCUCAGGAACUCCUGCAGCAGUUCAGGCUCUUCUGUGACUGGGCCUCACGAGUGUUCCUUACCCUCAAAUCCAGAUUACCAGCAUGAGAAACCUCAGAGGCAUCGUGCAAAAAAAACACUACGAGCGGUAAACUGUCCCCUUUUUACACUACAGCAAAAAUGGCCGGGACUCGAUCAUUAUUACAGUCCAGGGAUGGACUGGCCAUUCCCAGUGGGUUGGGCCAAUAUACGAUAUAAUAGUUUUGAUAUUGUCAGACUGGAAGAUCUGAGUAAAAGGAGGGUAGGUCAGCUUGUUCUCCAGUGCCCAUUCACAGCCUAUCCUUGUUCAGUCUUGCUCCAGCCGCUUCCAAAUCAUAAUAAUGAGAGUAUCUGUGCCUAAUACAGUUCUGCAUCCAGCAUGUAUAAUGAUAAACAGUCAUAUAAAGGGGCAGGUUAAACAAUCUGACGCCAUGUUCAACAUUUUAAAAAAUCCCUGAGCACUAUGUGUGAUGCUGUGGUGGGUUGUGAUGGGCCGUGUACAGCCCAGACUGAUUUGUUUUUAGUCCCAGUCCAUCCCUGUUGCGGUCUGAAGCCUGAUCAGUGAAGGAGUCCGAUCUGAAAAUACCAGUGCACUCCAGUCGACAUCCUGCUUCUGACGCUGCAUUUAACCUUAAACCUUCCUUUGUCUUUUCCUUUUUUUUUUUUUUUUUUAUACAAAUUCAUUUUCCAGAACUAUUUGUUAUUUAUGUAUUUAUUUAUUUAUUGACUAGUUAUUUAUUUGAUUAUAUUAUUUAUUUGAUUUCUUGAUAAACGUGUCAACACUCUUUCAUUUGCAAGUCAAGAAGUAAAAAUGUACUCUUUCUUAUUUUCCUUUAUUCAUCAGCUUCUCCUGUAACACACACGAUAUUACAUGUACGACAGUUCCAUUUCUAGUCUCUUGUUACAGUUUUUCUCAAUUGCUUUAGCGCAUUUUUCGAUACUUUUCGAGUCUUAACGUUGUCUAAACAGCGAGUGUAAAUGUCACAACUGCUUGCUGGAAGAUCAGGACAUGUCUGCAAAAUGUAGUUACUCACCCAAUACAUUUCAUUCAUGCUUCAAAAUCAAGUUAUCUUGUGAGUAAUUUGGCCGAGGCCACCAAAAUAUAAAGUACUUUUGCUAUUGAGCCACACUGGUCAAAGUGUUUAGUUAUUUUUUCAGCAUGACAAACGGUUUUCAACCAUGGAAACUGAGGUUUUAUAAAAAGAAAAAUCUGAUGUUAACAAGAGUAAAGACAUAAAAAGAGUAUUUAUAUUUAUAAAAUGCAUAUAUUUUGCAUGAAGGUAUUACAAACGGUAGCGAUUGUGCUGUGGGCAAUCUACAUAUACGUAGCAUAUAUGUAUAUCCUCCUAAACUUGAUUGGUUAAAUGGUUGAAUACGUGCGUGCAUACUAACUUUCAUAAUCGAAUGGAUCGUUUUGAAUGUGACGGCUUACACAAUGAAAAAGUAGUUUUGAAGAGUUUGACGGUUUUGAGUCGACGAUUGUACUGUUUGCACACAUCUUCCAAAGCAUUUGCAAUUUGCUCAAAUCAAUCUGAUGUGAACAAGAAGCUAAUUGUUCAGAGAUCUGAACUUACUGUUUUGAAAAAAUAGAGAACUGAGCCAAAGCAAUUGAGAAAAACUGUAAACCGAUUGUAUUUUCAUACAAUUAGAAUUCUUUCUCGCUGUUAUUAGGGCCUUUCGCACUGCAGCACCCAAACUAAUUGUGAUACUACCCACUUUUUGGCGUAUUCGCACCGCAGGAACUAGAAACGAUUUUAGUUCCAGGAACUACGGCUGGAGUAGGGUCUACAUUUUUGGGGGGGUUUUACAAAUUUUGUAUACAAACAUACAAGAGCAACCGCAUUAAAAUGAAAUCAAAACAAAUAUUAUGCAAAAAAAAAAAAAGACAGCUUCGAUCACAACAUUCUCCAUCCUCCUGUUGUUAAAGCUGUUAUUCUGUAUUUUUUUAUUGAUGAACGGCCGGACAAAUGAGGUUGCUGACGAUUUGCUUCCGUCACUUCUCAGCACCCACUGCUGCUGCGAAUGCAGCUCUUUUAAAUUGCACUGGGAAAUACUUUGUGCAGAAUCGUCUCGGUAGUUCUGGAACUAAAGCGAUGCGAAAGGCCCUAUUUAGGCUACAAUACUCUGCCAUAGAUGUAGCAAUAUUUUGGGAGUGUAAUGUAUGUCAGUGCUGAAUGAGAGAGAACUAGCACUGAUCUGAACUUUGCUUGUCUUUCUUUUUUGUUGUUGUUUUUAUUUUUUGCACAGCAUAUUGGGGUUUAUAUUGACUUUUUAUGGUUGGUUCUCUGGUUCAGGAACACUUUUUUAAGCAACAUAAGAAAAAGACAACCUAAGCCUUAAAAUACUAUGUAUUGUGAUACUUUGGUACUGUAAAUUUGUACAUACAUGCUGCCGAAUGUAAACUGGUAUAUACAAUAAGUGUAUACAUAUAAUAUUGUUUUCUAUAAUAUAUAAGUCCAGUGCUCUAUCAAUAUGUUACAAUAACAACAUUACUUUCCUUUCCCUCCCUCUUUUUUAGGAUUUUGAUACAGUAUUUACUAUUUAUUGAUAUGGUUAUUAUUAUGGUUAUUAUUGAUUAUAAUUGUCCAAAUUAUUUAUUUUUACAAAUCAGGAGCAAGACUUCUGUUAUGUUUUGUACUUUUAUACUAUUAUUGUUAAUACUAUUCACCACCAAUCAUCAUCUCUGUUUAGGUUGGUUUCCGUGUUUGUGGACUAAAUAUGCGAAAGCUGGCUGUGUUCAACUGUGUGCCUUCUGAGAGAGACAAUAAAGGAAUUUAUGUGUAA